GGAAGAUGAUAAUCCCCCCACAAAAUGCUUUUUUUUACAAAGGUAGGUGGAACCCAAGGACGAAUGAGCUGGUUCUUGAUACAGCCAUCCGAAUGAGAAGUGAUCAUCCAUGGCCGGAAGAUAACAUCCCGGAGACCGUCGCCUUUGAGGCGGGCGCCACCAUCGAGCGAGAAAUCAGAGUCCAACUCACUCCGAUAGAAGUUAAUCAACGACAGAUGAUUAUGCAUGCACCCUAUCUCACCUUCAAAGAUGUUGUGACGACCACUGGCACUUGUUGGGUGCCCGACAUGCAACUCGUCGUUGUAGACUAUACAGUUUGGCAAGAGAUCAUUAAGACGCAUCCUUUUGCGGCUGCCAACUAUCAUCGAGAUGAGCCGGAGUAUGAGAAGUUAUGUAUUCUCUUUGACCCAAGUGUGGGGAAUCUUGAAGGUAAGUAGCUCCAUCUAGAAGAGACUAUAGUCAUCUCCGACACUAUUGAAGUUAUCCCGACCCUCCCAACACAAGCUGCUCCUGUUGUGAUUGACCUUGAUGAGGUUACUUCAUCUACACCGCAAACUCCGAAGGUAGUUCGACACAAGCUUUUCACCGAAAGCUCGCCUGGUACGGAGUCUGCAAACGGUCUUCCAAAUCCGUACUUUACCUCAUCUCCAAAUGGUGCUCAACUUCGAACUAUUUCUAACUCUAAAACUCACCACCCCCUGUGGGGGAAUAAUAACUUACUGUCAUCCCCUGGUGUGUCGUCUAUGGCCUCUUGUAGUCCGUUAGCACCGCACCGCAACCCAUAGCCUUGGGUGAUCGCGUUGGGUUUAUGGUUAUUAAUCUUAUAUUGUCUACUAUAUUAGUCUAAAUUUGGGAACAGAUGAUAGUAGGCGACAUUAUUUUUUGUGUUUGUUAUUCAUGGGUGAACUUAGUAUAUGCUUAUGUCCCUAUACUUUUUUUUGUAUGACCCAAUGUAGCGAACUUGUUGCCUGUCAUCUGCUUGUAAGGCCAUGGUUUAUUGAAGUUUAAUGUUAAUGCCAUGUUAUAACAAAAUUUACUUUCAAUAUAGCUUAUGUGGUAUUUAUUUAUCA